AUGCACGCGCCGUGCGACGCGUUUACGCGACUCUUGGACCCAUGCUGCCGUCACUCGACAACGAUUCUACUCGUCGUAUCCUGCGCGACCGCGACCCUUGUGGUCGACCUCGCCGCGGCCUCAUUUCCUGCAACAAUGCCCGUUAAACGUUUAUUGCGCAAAUUCUCUGAUGAGGCUGGGAAAUCAGCAACCGCCGAACCCGAGGCGUUGUCGUUGAGUUUCUCUGGUGCAUUGACAGUUAAUCAUGAUCCCGGUUGUGAUCUACAGAGCCCAGAGGAAACGAAAUCUGUCAUACAGGAGAUCACGAGUCUAUGGCCCACCCUCGAAACCUUACCGUCCGGCUGGAGUGACGAGUGGGAGACAUGGCCAUACUUCUUCACGUAUUUCUGGCGAAGCCCUUACUUCCUCAGACUUCCCUCGCUGCAAAUGAUCGUCAACAUCCAGCAUCAAAUCCCGGGGAUUAUCGAGCCCGUGAUGUACUCGACUACCUCCGAAAGCGUUGUUGCUUUCAUGGUAAACGACGUUUGCUAUGUGGCCAGAGUUGCUGGCGGCAGCAUAGGCCUAUGGAGUCUCGAAGAUUUGAAGACAGACCAAGAUAUCUUCGAGUUCCUCGAAAACAACCGGUGGAAGGAAAGAGACCCGUUGCUACCUACUGAACAAGGCAUGGCUACUGUACAACGAAUACGUGACCGGGACCCGACAGUGACUAAAACGCUAUACGAAGAAGGCUAUCUAGACUUCGAACCACAGCCAACCACCGAAGAAGAGGAGAUGGAGGACUUCGAGCAACGCGCGAUGGAAGACGACCGCGGCGAAGACGAGGCUGAAGUGGAUCAAAACCUUUCAGAAAUUGAAAAAUAUCUAGAGUGGCUGGAGGAUCUCAAUCCUACACCAGAAGAGCUUCACAACGACCCCAAACUCGAAUUCGCGCUCAAGUUUCGGGAUGCAAUCAAGAAGAUGAAAGAAGCGGAAGCCGUGGCAGAAUUGGAGGAGGCGGAACAAAGUAUGCUUGACGGUGAAGAUGACGAAUACGAAGAGGAUGACGAAGACGAAGAUGAAGACGAGGGGGGAGAUGACAGGGACGAGGAUGACGAACUCAAGGGCCGGCUGAUGUCUGAGAAAGGCAUGGAAAGUGGCGAAGUAGAUACAAUGUUCCUGGGCGGGAAGGAUACCGCACAUGGAAAUAGUACCGCCGGCCGAUAA